GACGUCUGGGGGAGGAGGGUGGGUUGCUGCGGCCCGAAGUAAGCCGCUGCAAGCCGCCGAUGGAAGCCGAGCAACCUGCCUUGGCACAUGGCAAGUAAUGACUUGGACUCCUCGAGUAUCUCUGCGAAUUUGACCCGUAUUCCCAUUCAAUUCUUCAUCCCAAUACAAACAUGGCCAGUCUCAGAAUAUCCAGCCGGUUGGCUCGCUCGGCGAGGUCAUCCCCCAACCCAAUUGCCCAGCAAUGGCUCCGCCCCGCGUCAUCAACACCCCUCACAACCCGCCACCAGCAAAAGCGACAGGCGUCGACCUCCAAGCACCCCAAAGGCUUCACGGCGCCCUCGCAGGCCGACCUCGACGAGCUCCGCGAGCGCGUGCAGGAGUUUACGCGCCGCGAACUGACGGCCGAGACGGCGGCGGCGACGGACCGCAGCAAUGCCUUCCCGGAAGGGAUGUGGGCGCGGCUUGGCGAGGCCGGGCUCCUGGGCAUCACGGCGGACGAGGAAGUCGGCGGCCUGGCGAUGGGCUACCAGGCGCACUGCGUCGUCAUGGAGGAGCUGUCGCGCGCGAGCGGGUCCGUCGCCCUCAGCUACGCCGCCCACUCGCAGCUGUGCGUCAACCAGCUGCAGCUCAACGGGUCCGCAGACCAGAAGCGCAGGUACCUCCCAGGCCUGAUCGCGGGCGAAAAGGUCGGCGCGCUGGCCAUGUCUGAGUCUGGCUCCGGAAGCGACGUUGUCAGCAUGCGCACCUGGGCGAGGGAGGUCGAUGGGGGUUACGUCCUGAACGGGACCAAGAUGUGGAUCACCAACGGGCCGGACGCGGACGUUGUAGUGGUCUACGCCAAGACGGACCGCGACGCCGGGUCAAAGGGCAUCACGGCAUUCCUGGUGGAGACCAAGUCGGAGGGCUUCAGCUGCGCGCGGAAGCUCGACAAGAUGGGCAUGCGCGGGAGCAACACGGGCGAGCUCGUCUUCGAGAACGUGUUCGUUCCGGCCGAGAACAUCCUGGGCAAGGUCAACGGCGGCGUGCGCGUCCUGAUGGAAGGGCUCGACCUGGAGAGGCUGGUGCUCAGCGCGGGUCCGCUGGGGCUGAUGCAGGCCGCGCUGGACGUCGCGCUGCCGUACGCACACACGCGGAAGCAGUUCGGGACGCCCAUCGGACAGUUCCAGUUCAUGCAGGGGAAGCUGGCGGACAUGUACACCAAGCUCCAGGCCUCGCGGGCUUACACAUACACGACGGCCAAGACGGUGGAUGAGGAGGGCACCAUCAGGACUCAGGACUGCGCGGGAGCCAUCCUAUACGCGGCGGAGAGAGCAACCGAGUGUGCCUUGGACUGCAUCCAGGUCCUCGGAGGCAUGGGCUACGUCGAGGAGAUGCCAGCGUCCAGGAUACUCCGGGAUGCGAAGCUCUACGAGAUCGGAGCCGGGACGUCGGAGAUCAGGCGGAUGGUGAUUGGGAGGGCGUUCAACAAGGAGUACGCGCAUUUCUCGGCAUGAUCAACGACGGAGACUCUAUUACUGGCACACAUACGUGUCAAGCAGAGCGGAUCUACCGUCUGCGAGGUCCUUGAUAUCAUGUCCUCUAGCUAUCCCUUAGAGAACAGGUUGAACACGCCAAUACUGUCUCUCAUAACACGCAGGCACAUGGAAACAAGUUGGAGACAGAGGCUUAGAAGAA